AUGAUGGGCCCCUGGAAAUUGUGCCGUAUCGUCUGGCGGCUGUUCUUGUCGAUCCUCAGUGCUUGGUUGCUUCUGGCCCUGCUCUGGGCACUUCUUCCCUUCCCUUCCGGUGGACAAGACAUUAACAACGGCGCCGACUACGCAACCAAGACGCUCCUCGGUGGCAAGAUACUGCGUCGAGUAUACUGGAAAUACGCAGAGGUGCCCGAUGGUUCCCGACAGGGCUUUGCGCUUGACUAUCAGCUCAACAUCUCCAGCCGCACCCUUGCCGUCUCGGGGUUGGAAAAGCCUAUAGAGAUAUUCCGCCAUGCAUCGGCUGAGGGCAACGGACACACGGAGGAAGUAUCUGCGACCGCACGAGCGGGUGACACGGAUGGCGCGAACUUGCCAUAUUUCCCAGAGGCAGAUGCACUCUUACUCUUCUGGCAGAUUCACCAAGAGUAUGCGACUGUUCCACUCAGACUAGUAUGGUCGACACAGGAAGCGGAAGAUGUGGCAAAGUUCGAUAUAUUGCUUAAUGAUCAAGGACACGGAGAUAAUGCGCUUUUGUCUCUGACGAUGAAGGGGAACCACACGUCGACAAUCAGAGCCAGCUUCUCACCAGAGCCGCGUUCUUCAUCGCCAUCCAACACGUAUCCUCUCCGCGCUGCAAUCAUACGGGCUCUCGCUCCAUUCUCAAUCUUACUCGCCGCAGUCUUUGGGCCACUCGCGAUACUUUUCGGCUUUCUGGCGUCCUGGAUAUUCAAGGGUAUCUGUCUUGGACUCGUGGUGUCGGGUAUAGUGGCGAUCUACGUGUGCUACUCCGGAAAACGUCCCCAUGAGCUUGUUGAUAUGGCUGCAGACGAGCUGCAGAAGGUGAGAGAUUCUGAGAUGAUGAGAAGAUGGAGAGAGUCAGAGAGUGGUGAAAGAGGAUUGGCGGGUAACUUGGAGGAGCAGAAGAAAGCUCCCGCUGAAACGGUUGCCAACAUUGUUUGA